GCCAGCCCGAGCCCAGCCCGCGGCCCCAGCAGCAGCGCCAUGGCCGGGUGGAACGCCUACAUCGACAGCCUCAUGGCGGACGGGACCUGUCAGGACGAGGCCAUCGUAGGCUACAAGGACUCGCCCUCCGUCUGGGCCGCCAUCCCCGGGAAGACCUUCGUUAGCAUUACGCCAGCUGAGGUUGGUGUCCUGGUAGGCAAAGACCGGUCAAGUGUUUUCGUGAAUGGGUUGACACUUGGGGGCCAGAAAUGUUCUGUGAUCCGGGACUCACUGCUGCAGGAUGGGGAAUUUACAAUGGAUCUUCGUACCAAGAGCACCGGAGGAGCCCCAACCUUCAAUGUCACUGUCACCAUGACUGCCAAGACGCUAGUCCUGCUGAUGGGCAAAGAAGGUGUCCACGGUGGUUUGAUCAACAAGAAAUGUUAUGAAAUGGCCUCCCACCUGCGGCGUUCCCAGUACUGACCUCAUCUGUCCCCUCCCCCACUGCUCCCUUCAGCUUUUGCACCCUUUCUUUCCAUACACACACAUACCAUUAUUUUUUGGGCCAUUACCCCAUUUCCCUUAUUGCUGCCAAAACCACAUGGGCCGGGGGCUGGGGCUGGACAGACAGAUACCUCCCCUUACCCAUACCCCCUCCUGUG